GCCAUGGUGAAUCCACCUUUCUGUUUGGAUUUCAGAGCAGGUCCAGGCAGAGAUCGACCAAGUGGUGGGCAGCCAGCGUCCUCCGUCUCUGACCGACAGAGGAAGUUUGCCUUUUACUGAAGCCGCCAUCAUGGAAGUGCAGAGACUGACGGCAGUGGUUCCUCUCGGCAUUCCUCACAUGGCUUCAGAGACCACAGAGUUCAGAGGCUUCACCAUCCCCAAGGGAACAGUUAUAAUGCCCAACUUGUAUUCGGUCCAUAGAGAUCCCAGUGUGUGGGACGAUCCAAGCGCUUUCAACCCGGCUCGGUUCCUGGAUGAUGAUGGAAAGUUGCUGAGGAGAGAGUUUUUCAUACCCUUUGGUAUUGGUACGGCACUCAUUUACUCAGGAGUUACAUGACUUAAACAUUCAUGUUCGCCUGAAAGAUCAUCAGAUGGUUUAUAUAUUCUCCUUAGUAAUGAUGACUGUAAAUCAUUGCUGGUAAAAACCAAGGAUUUUUCUGAUAUGAAGACAGAAUUCUCCUAAAAGUACACAUGUAUAAUAAAUACUGAGUCUUCAAGCAUAUUUUGAACUUUUCUUGCAUGCAGGUUCAAUACUAUGAGGUCCUUAAUAAGUCACACCCAUGAGUUCAAGCUAGUUUGCUUUUUAUGCCCCUGUAGAUUCUCUCC